GAAUUCUCUGCUCUUUUGUAGUCUCCAAGAUACACCAAUCCCUGCAGAGAGGAAUGUGGGACCAUCAGGAGAAUGACCACCCAGUGGCUGUUUCUGCAGAGCGGAUACAGUCAGACCUGGAGGAGAUACGUGAGCAGCUGACGAGGAUGAAUGCCACCCUGGCUGGCCUGUGCCGUCCCUGCCCCUGGAAUUGGGAAUUCUUCCAAGGAAGCUGCUACUUCUUCUCCCAGACCCAGAACAUCUGGAAAGCUUCCAUCUCCGCCUGUCAGGACAUGAGGGCCCAGCUGGUGAUCAUCAACAGUGCUGAGGAGCAGCAAUUUCUGAAGUUCUGGGAUACCAGAAAUAAUAGGCCCGCCUGGAUCGGCCUCAGCGACCACCACAAUGAGGGGUCCUGGCUAUGGGUGGACAACACCCCCGUCAAUCUCAGCUUCUGGAAAGAAGGAGAACCCAACAACCACGGAGAGGAGGACUGCGUAGACUUCUACAGUGAUGGCUGGAAUGAUAACAGAUGUAAUAGAGAGAGCUUCUUCAUCUGCGAGAAGCCCUCGGGUCCCUGCCCAGUGACCUGAGGACCGCUGUGUCCCGGCUCCCAGAGACCAGGCAACUGGGCAUGCGCUCUGCUUGCGGCUCUCUGGCUCCGCCCCCUUGUGUUUUUCCGUCUCCUGAACUGAGGACCUGGAGAUCCCGAGAGAGAUUCUGAGACCCUCUUGUCCUCUAAGGCCCAUCCCUCCAUAGGCCAUAGCCCAUCUCUCUUCUUCCAUUGAUGGUCUCAGCC